AACAUAAAGUGAAAAAUACUGUUUGAGUACUAGUUAUGAAGUUGUUAUUAAUGUCUCCUUUACUGGAAUAUUCAGUUGCACAGCCUUGCCAUGGGCCAUGGGUGAUGGAGAAGAGGACGCUGGACAGGAGACAAAAGCUACUUCAGUGAAGCACCACAUUCCCUGUGAUAUUAUUCUCUUUGUAGAUUUUCAGUCAAAUAAGAAAAUUUCCGAGAAACCAUGGACCAGGACAAUCAAACCUCAGCUGAUUUUAUCCUUCUGGGAUUCUUUCCUGAGUUCAGGUACCCUGACCUCCUCAUCAUCCUACUCCUCGUCUUCUACAUCCUUGCCUUGGCAGGAAACUCUGUCCUCAUCCUGCUCAUUGGCCUGGACGCCCGCCUCCACACCCCCAUGUACUUCCUGCUCAGCCAGAUGUCUGUCAUUGAUUUGAUUUUCAUCUCCAGCACAGUCCCCAAGACAGUCGCCAACUACUGCACAGGGAGUAAGAGCAUUUCCUUCUUUGCGUGUGCUGCUCAGAUGUUUUUCUUCCUCUCCCUUGGCCUUACUGAGUGCAUGCUCCUGACCUUCAUGGCCUACGACCGUUACGUGGCUGUCUGCAGCCCCCUGAGAUAUGCAGUCCUCAUGCGGCCCAGGGUCUGUCUGCAGGUGACUGCCUUAGCCUGGGUUGGAGGUGCCCUUGGAGCCCUUGUCAACACUUGGUACCCAAUGAGUUUUCCUAUCUGUGGCCCCAGGGUGAUUAAUCACUACCUGUGUGAGAUCCUGGCUAUAUUGAGAAUGUCUUGUAUAGACACAUCAGUCUACGAGAUGGUGAAAUUUGUGUCAACGGUCACGUUUCUCCUGAUCCCCUUUAGCCUCAUUCUGGCCUCCUACAUCCUCAUCUUCCUCACUGUUCUCAAGAUGAACUCUCCCAAGGGGAGGCACAAAGCUCUGACUACCUGCUGCUCCCACCUGACAGUGGUGAGUCUCUUCUUUGGUCAGGCCAUGUUCGUCCACCUGACACCAGAUUCUUCCCACACACCUAAGCAAGACCAGAUAGGAGCUGUGCUUGGCACCAUUGUGACCCCCAUGCUGAACCCCCUCAUCUACAGUCUGAGGAACAAGGAAGUGUUGGAAGCCCUAAAGAAGUGCAUGGGAAGGUGUUGUGACUGAAAAAUGUCCUCGCUCCCCACCGUCGCUCUCAGAAAUGCCCCAUCCUCAGUCUUAGGCAUAUCCGUGGUCAAUUCAAAUCCUAAGGUGCUGUUCUUGUCACAUGAAAACACAACAUGGUGCAGGAGCAGGGGCAUAUCAGCGUUCACACACACUGGCAUUUGCUUGUCGGUGCGCUGUUGCUCUGAGAGUCGUAGUGGUGACUGUGGUUACUUAUUAGCUUUUGGGGAAUGUGUGUUGACGUUGCAGGUAACACCUGUGCAGAAAUUAAUGGUCUCUAUCUCUUAUUCCAACAUCAGUGUAUUGGAUCACAUUGUCAAGAACUGACUUGUGGUGAGUGUGUUUUCCUUGGAGUAAAAGACACCAUUUGCAGUGCUUAUAUCCCAUACUGAAGUGUUC